AUCCGAAAACUAGCUUCCGCACCUUGGGUCGGCUAUGGUUCAUCAGCAGGCUCCACCAAAUGCUGAAGCCAAGGAUUCGGCGGAAGAUGGUCAUGGAGAAGCUGAGAGUUGUCUUCCAGACGGGGACGAGACGGAUGCAAAGGAGACUUGCGAGCAGACGGAUGCAAAGGAGACUUGGGACCAGACGGAUGCAGAGGACAGCCAGAUGGUCGACCAAUCUUCAGAGAGAAAUGCAGCAGCAGAUGAGAUCAUGGCGGAGGAGAUCGAUGAGAGCGUACAAGAUGCCUUGCAGCAUGCUGCGGCUGGACGAGAGGACUUGGUUAUUCAGUGGAGAGAGGUUUGCAAGCCUCGAAGGGCUGGUGCAGUCGCGGCUCAGCGCAAGGGCUCGCGGAAAGACUUCGAAGGACUGUUUGAGCAGUGGCUGCAGGCUCGAGACUUGCAGGGAACAUUAGUUCAUGAUCGAUAUGAGAAUGGAUGGAAAGUGUACAACUACACGAAGGAGCCCGCAGUGAAAUGGGAUGACACGUGGGAUGUUGCCUUCCACGGUACUUGGUGGUACUCGGUGUGGAUGGUGUUGGCCACCGGGGUUUUCCUGGAGUCGAACGAUCGAGACAAAGGUCACGACUUUUGGGAGCCCGGGGUCUACUGCUCCCCAAACCUAUCGACUGCCAGAUGGUAUGCUCGACCACACAUACUCUUUGGUGAUGGGGUCUACCACCGUAUCAUUUUUGAGCUCCGUGUGAACACAGCAAAACGGAUUAGGAAUCGACAGCGAGGCGGAGUGCAAUGGAUCUUCAAACCGGAUGCAGUGUCUUUGCACUCCAUAUGGGUGCAGAGGAACGCUCCACCGAAAAAUGGCGAAGAACGGAUCAACACUUGGGACCCAGAUCUGGAAGCUCGUCCCUUUCAAUUGCCAACGGUGGAUCCCGUUGUGAACAGUCGGAUUGGUGAGUUUUCCGACACAGAGCCAGACGAGAUCGGCGAAGAAGAACCUGAUGAGGAGGAUCCUCUCCCUCCGCACCUCGCUUCUUCAAAUCAGUCUCAAGAUCGCUUGGUGCCUCCUGCAAUGGCCACUCCGAGCUAUUUUGUUCAGUGGAGACAGCGAGGUUACAACGGUUACAGGGCGCCUCCAACAAUUGCACCUACUAACGCGUAUGCAAUGAACGGGAAGCAGGACAUGCCUGCUGUCAUCCCAUCAGGAGGAAUGAGUCGGUCAAGCUAUGCCCAGAGGUCAUCGCCAUAUCCCCUUCUGUCACCUACAGGAUGGCAAAGGACGUCCAAUCCAACAAGACCUACGCCUGCUGGUCAUAGGUCAAUGUCGGAGAUGUCCGUGAACCCGACAUGGGGCUCACGCGUCAGCCAGUCACAGCUUCGUCCUGCCGCAAGUUUCUCAAUGCCAACACAACCACCGCCACCGCCCAAAGCAAAAGCUGAAGAGAUCCCCGAUCCGAUCGAUCCUUUCCAGGAGGACUUUGACAAAUGUGCGCACACCUGGGUGGCACCCCUGAAGCUGCCGCCCCGAGUGCCGGUGCGGCGCCAGUGCCGGUGACGGCGC